CCAGUACGCACUCACACUGCAAGCAGGAAGAGGCGAUUUACCGACGGUAUUCCCGGCCACGGUCAGGAGUCUACUUGUUGAUUCGCUCCAGGAGGGGUGCACAGAGCGGACUGAACAUUUUAAUGCCUGUCGAACCUUUUAUUUUUCACCAUGUCGGUGCGUAGCUCAUGAUGCUUCCAUCAGCUCCAAACCGAGCGUUGAAGACCUUUGCAAGCUUAACAAGUUGUAACACGGUUACUCUUGAAAUGUUGCUGAUGUCGGUCUAUGAAGUCAAUCGGGAUAUAAGGAAGACACGCACAAAAAACGAAGGGGGGCCCUGAUGCGGUCAUCUUCAGGACAAUGUCUUCUUAAACUAGCAAAGUGCGUCUCUCAGUCUUUUCAAGUGAUUGACUGCCUUGAUCGAAAAUGAUCAAAACUGGGCCUCGGGUGACCACCACGCUACCUCCGGAAACCAUUGACAUCAUCCGGAGCAAAACCCAUGCCCGCCGAGUGAGACUCAACGUCGGGGGGCUUCUCCACGAGGUCCUCUGGAGGACACUGGAUAGGCUGCCCCGCACAAGACUGGGCAAACUGAGGGACUGCAACACCCACGACUCAAUCAUGGAGAUAUGCGAUGAUUACAGCUUGGAUAGCAACGAGUAUUUUUUCGACAGACACCCCGGCGCCUUCACCUCCAUUCUAAACUUCUACCGCACUGGAAAGUUGCACAUGAUGGAGGAAAUGUGCGCCCUCUCGUUCAGCCAAGAGCUGGACUUUUGGGGCAUCGACGAGAUCUACUUAGAGUCCUGCUGCCAGGCCAGAUAUCAUCAGAAGAAGGAGCAGAUGAACGAAGAGCUCAAAAGAGAGGCCGAGAACAUGAGGGAGAGGGAGGGCGAAGAGUUUACAACCACAUGCUGCUCCGAAAAGAGAAAGAAACUCUGGGACCUCUUGGAGAAGCCAAGCUCAUCAUUUGCUGCUAAGAUCCUGGCAAUUAUUUCCAUCCUCUUCAUUGUGUUGUCCACCAUUGCCUUGUCUCUGAACACCCUCCCAGAGCUGCAGGACACUGAUGAAUUUGGUCAAGCUACAGACAACCCACAACUGGCCCAUGUAGAAGCUGUCUGUAUCGCCUGGUUUACCAUGGAGUACCUGCUUCGCUUUCUUUCUUCUCCCAACAAAUGGAAGUUCUUUAAGGGUCCUCUAAACAUCAUUGAUCUGUUGGCCAUCCUACCCUACUAUGUCACCAUCUUCCUGACGGAAUCAAACAAGAGUGUGCUGCAAUUUCAAAAUGUCCGCCGGGUGGUUCAGAUUUUCCGUAUCAUGCGGAUUUUGCGUAUUCUGAAGCUUGCUCGUCACUCUACAGGUCUUCAGUCUCUGGGCUUCACUCUGAGGAGGAGCUACAAUGAGCUGGGCCUGCUUAUCCUCUUUUUGGCCAUGGGCAUCAUGAUUUUCUCCAGUCUAGUGUUUUUUGCUGAGAAGGAUGAAGAAGACACAAAAUUUAAAAGCAUCCCAGCCUCUUUCUGGUGGGCUACUAUUACAAUGACCACUGUAGGUUAUGGAGAUAUUUACCCCAAAACUCUCCUAGGAAAGAUAGUUGGAGGUUUGUGCUGCAUUGCAGGAGUAUUGGUGAUAGCCUUACCCAUCCCCAUCAUUGUGAAUAACUUCUCUGAGUUCUACAAAGAACAAAAGAGGCAGGAGAAAGCCAUCAAAAGACGGGAGGCUCUGGAGCGGGCUAAGAGAAAUGGUAGCAUUGUCUCUAUGAACAUUAAAGAUGCGUUUGGCCGCAAUGUGGAGCUCAUGGAUGUAAUGGCGGAAAAAACUGAUGAAAAGAAAGAGAAGAUGCAUGACAAUCAUGUGUCUCCUCUGAGAGGAACCCCAAGACACAGGUCACCGAUUAACCCCAGCAGCCCCUCCAAGACACUUGAGUCAAGCUAUCAAGAGUAUGCUAAGCCCUCAACCAGCCCUCAGCAUCUCAGUGCACAGAAACUGGAGGAGUUAUACAACAAGAUGGCCAAGACCCAGUCAGAAUCUAUCAACAGCAAGGAGAAGGGGCCCCAUUCCAAAGCAUUCAGACAGAAAGCUGAAAUUGAAAUGGGAAAUAUCCCUACUGAAGCUGUCUCAGGCACAGUGGAGGCUGUGACAGACAUGAAGAGUAUGUCCAGCAUUGACAGCUUCAUCAGCUGUGCCACUGACUUUCCCGAGAGCUCUCGCUUUUCCCACAGCCCCAGCAGCAACAUGACAGGGAGGGUCAGCACCAAUCCCAGCCUGGAGCCCACCCUGGAAAAUGAACAUGAAGGAUCACAUGGCACUACUGCACCCCUGACAGAAGAAGGCACCAAGCUUAACCCAUAUACUGACAGCCCCAGAGGCCUGCGCCUUAAUAACCCACUCAGGAGCCGCUCACUUAAGGUUGGUGUAAGAGGUGGUGAGGACACAGGGACAGGAGUCCUUUCUGACAGCUCAUCAGUACAAAGCCCUGAGGCAUCUGUCUACACAACUGCCAGUAGCAGGACCCCCAGCAAAAGCCCAGAGAACAUACUGCCCAGCAACUUCACAUUCCAUGAUGCAUCUAUCAACAAGUUCAUUGAUGCUGAUACAGAUGAAGAGGAGCACCCACAUGAUGGUUCAGGCGCCAAAGCAACCCAAAGACUCUUGGAGAAAGCCAGCCCAAGGUUUGGUCCCCUAACCCUGCAGCAAGGUCCCAACCACAUGGAGGGCCUUCAAAGGAAGCUGGGGAACAGCAUGCUGCCAUUAGAGGGGCAGGAGAACCACGUGGCUCAGGAGCUGCAGCCACUUCAGGGAGACAAGGGUCACUCUAACUCUUAAAGUUACUGUAAAGAAGUAGACUAUGAAGAGAACAGGUUGAGGAGGAGGAGAGCAAAUGAGAAGCACAGUGAAAUUCCCAAAAAUAUGAAAACCACUCAGAACAUUUGCAGGAACAUUUGAAGAAAUAAAUAAAAAAAAAAAAAAAAAACAAUUCUUCUCUCAUGAAUAUAUAUGAGUUGUGGAUGAUGGGAAAGAAUUUCGUGUUGUGCUCUCAAACUUUCCUUACCAGUGACUCCUCAUUAAAUCAAUUAGUGGACUCUCAAAAUGGAAUAACAGGAAUGCAAUGUGGGGGUUUUUGCAAUUUAUACACUUCUUUUAGCCCAGAUCACAAUCUAAUCAUUACAUUCUAGCUGUAGGGGUACAGUAUCAUUUUUAUAAGCAAGAACCUACUUUUCUGAAGUCCCUGGAUACCACUUUAAAGCCACUGCAGCAAAGGCUGUCAAAUCAGUAGCAAACCACAAAGGGCAUUGAAACAAGGCACAUUCAGGAGAGAUAUUUCAAGUAACUAUAUUGCAGUGUGGAGGGGGUGUAUUUUUCAUUCUCUGUGUAUUUUAUAUACAGUGUCUACUACAAAGCAGAAGGUUUGAGAAUAUGUAUAGUUUGCUUCCUUUAACUCCCUCCUUCAAAACUGGCCUUAGUUCAUGUUGUCUCCAAUGUUUUAUGUUUGUAUGACGAGAGAAAGCCAGAAGCAGACAGGAAGAUAGCACAUACAUAGGUGUCUGUGUAAUAACUAUCUUUCAAAUAUAUUGUAUGUAUUAUUAUGUAGUUUUAGUGGUCUCUUGUCUUAAGUGUGACAUUUAGCGGAAUCAAUAGUUUCAGUCUGUUUUUGAUCCACAGGAGUUUAGUGUCUGCUGAGAUUUUUACUGCACAGAAUACAUGUAGACAACAAAGAAAGACACUGUGAGGUUGCACCCAUCAUUUUCCUUCUUGUUCCCAUUGUGUCCGACUGCUGGCAAGACAGAGCACCUCAAUACGAUCAAUACUUUUAUUACAAACACAGAGUAAAAAGCCUGUUACUCUUGUUAUUAUACUUCUUCUGUCUCUAAAAGUCUAUGUGUGUGAGUGUCCCUGAGAUUGUUGUUAUCAGAAUUCAUUUUCAGUCAAAAUGAAAACGCUCUCAAAGGAAUUGUCGUUCUUGUAGCAGAUCGACUGAAUUUUGGAUAAAAAUGACUCAUGAACGUCACUAUAGCUGGAAAGACAGCAGUGAAAAUCCAACAGAUUUUCUGUUGAUUCCAGUUUUGUAGGAGCAUCAAUAUUGUACAUGUAGAACUACAUAAGUAGAAUCUCCUAUAAAACAUACACAUUUAUUGUACAAGAAUCAAAAUAAUCUAUAUUUUUUAAGAUGUUUUCUAAAAAAAAUGGACUCUUAGACAAAUAUAUUGUGCUAGCCUCAUAGUUUUGCAUUGAACUGUACGUGCUGCGUUAUAAUAGAUAAUAUUCUGUAGUAGAUAUAUUUAUAUUGUUUAUAUUUUACCCUGUCAAAGCCAGUCCCUUUGUCUUUCGUGCAAUGUACCAACCAAAGAAGUUGUUUCUGAUAACUUAUACAGAUGAUAGUACAUUUUGAUGUUUUAUCAAGAUGUUUGAGCACUCCCUUUCCUAACAGCAGAAUCUGACGUAUUUCAUGGAGCCAUACUUGCUCAUUUGGAACAAAUGUAUAAGCUUGAGAAUAUGCUGACCUCCAAAUAAAAAAGUGAAGAUGAAGAAGUAGGAAGACAGGAAAUGAAGGAAGGUGGCACUUUAUCUUAUAAAUCAUUUCCAAAACUCUCUAAAGUUUUUCAGCACUUUGGUUCUUGGCAAAUAGUCCAUUUCACAAAGUCAAAACACAUAUUGCUCAUAUGAGUUCACAUGACAUCUCCUUAAAACAUAAAACAUGCAGUGAUGUGCAGCUUACCACUCAGCACGCAAACAGGAAGGAGGUACAAUACAGACCACGUUAGUUGGCAAAUAUUCUGUAUCUCGCUUGGUUUUUAAUGCACCUGAUUUCUAUCACCUAGUCUGAUUAUCUGGUGCUCUCAUACUCUCUUUCUCUCUCUCAUGCAAGCUUACUACAAAGCAACUUUUUUAUUUAGUUUUAAAACAUUAAGAUUAAAAAGAAUUUCCUGUUGAUGGUUCUUUGCAGUCAUUAGACAUAAUAUGAUUUAGAUAUUUCUGUGCCUUUGCUUUUAACAAACGCCUACCCUGCACUUUGAAUCUGCCCAAAUGGAGUCCAAAUGAGAAAUAAGCUAACUGUGCAGCACAUAAAGGGAACUAGGUCUUCAUGCUGGCACACUGGUAUAUUUGGUUUUACAGCCCUUUCCUCUAUCAUCUUUUCUGUGCACUUAAAAUGCACCAAACAUUUACAUGAGAAAGGCCCAGUCCACAAAACAAACAGGUGCAAGCACACACUCAGUAGAGUGAACGACCACUGUUUCCAUGGUGAUGGUUGAGAUGACUGGAUGGCUCACAUUUGAUGCAUGCAAGAAAGCUAAUUUGUAAAGACAUAUUCAUUCAUUCAUCUCAGCUGUUCCCUACUCCCUUGUGUCUUCAGUGUGGUGAGGUCUGGUAAAAUUAUAUAAACAGAGAACUGGAUUGUGGGUCUCUUAAGCAAAGUGCUCAUCAUCACUCCAAUUUACUCCGGCCGUCCACAUAGAAACACACACACAUCUCAGUAAAUUGCAAAAGAACAGGCAGAGGAUGACCACGUGAGCCUGAACCUGAGGUGCCACCGCAGCUAUGUGUAUGAGGACUUCGGCUAACCCUUCCUUCCUGCAGGACGUGAGUUUGAGACGUGAAUGGAAUGGAAACAAAUGGUGUGUGACAGAGAGAGAUGUGCAUCAGAGCUGUCAGCGUGAUUAGAACUGACAUCUUGAAUAAUGGCUGCAGCACUCUGCUUCCCAACUUCACGUCCAACUUAUGCCCAAAAAACUCAACAACCACACUGUGGUCAUUCUAAUCUGGACCUAUCUGCUUUUGUGGUUGGUAAUAAAAGUCUUUUGAUCUGGCAUAAUGAUCACUUUUGCAGUCUGUCAGUAAGAAAUAAAGUUACACUGCCAGAUUUAUGCAUAAUUCAUUUGUUUCUUUCUUUUUUUUUAUGUCAAUGCAAAGAUGAGUUGUGGCAUCUUUUUGAGGAUGUGUUUAAAUCUCUUAUUCUAUAAAUAUCAUCCCAGGCAUGCAAAGGAUAUGGGCCUGCAGGAAAGGCUCAGUUACAGGAAUGUCUACUGUAAAAUGGGGUCAUGCAAAAGUUCUGAGAAUCAAACUUUGAGGCAAAAUAGUUUGGCAAAAGGGAAGCUUACUGUCAACUAAAAAGUCACUGGUGUGUGGAUUUCUUUUUUUUUUUUUUUUGCAGCCCAGCCCUUAACGCUGCAUGGUAAUGGAAUAAAAUGUCAAACUGACAACUAGUCAUAUGAUUAUCUCUGUUGAAGGUGUUAGAGGGAGAUAAAAAAGACUAGAUAGAUAGAAAAAGGAGGGUGUGGAACACAAUGAAGUUCAUUAGCAUUCAUCACACAACAGUCAGACAUGCAGUAAAUGACAAAUGUUUGAAAUGAGCCUCUAAUCAGUAAACUUUUCUCCAAACAAGCCAUAGUCUAUUUUAACAAAAUCAACUCGUUUCUGUGUUGAAUGAAUGUAAACAGUUCUUUUGCUUUUUAUAUAUUUCUUUCCUUUUUUUUCUGAACUGCACUUUAUUGAUUUUCUUGACCAAAUCUUCUGCUCUCAUGAGACCAUUCAAAGCUCAACAUACAAAGGCACAUAUUGGUUUAAGUACAGUCUCCAAAAGCACAAAUUAAAACAUUACAUUACAAACAACAAUUUUCUUUCAGUACAAUGUUUCACACAAGAGGUUCAAGCCAAAUACAGAAAUAAAAUUACAUUUUCUGAAUCUUCUCCCUCCUUCAGGGAAACAGUCACUCUGUUCAACUCACAUAGCUCCGUGUGCUGCCCUUACUGUGUCUGGGAAAUGUUUGUUUUGUAAAGUUUCAUACUUUGUACCAGUUGAAUUUGUAGAAUAUUAUGUGUGUGGUUUUCUGUUUUUCAACGCAUGUAGCGCUAUAAAACUUUGACACACAGAACCUGUAAAUAUCAUUGAUAAAGCUGUAGGAAAAUAUCUACAAUGAGCAGUUUUGAAGCAAAUUCGUUCUUUUACUGACUGAUGCUUAAUAAAAGAUGGUAAAUCA